CAAGCUCAGCAAGGACGACCCGCUCAGGCAGCACUACGAGGCCCUCUGGCCAGAGCUCGCCGCAGCCAAGCCACCAGCAGACCAACCAGUCGUUGGAUUCAAGGCAGUGGAGGCAGCUGCUCGACGCUUGGGCAAACUCCAGAAGAAAGUACGAUCGGCAGGGGAGCAAGUUGAGAGUGCCCAGCAGUACUUGGCUGAGAGUGAACGCAAGCUUCGUGAAGCCAUGGAAGCCUCCAUUGCAGCCGAAGAUGAGUUCGACAAGCUCAAGGCCACAGUCGGCAAGCAAGAGGCCCCAGCAGAACCUGCAGCCGAGAAGCCAACUCUGGCAGCCCUCCUGGAGCAGUUCGAGCAUGAUCCUGACGACUUCCACAAGUGGUCCGAGCCCGACAAGGAGGUCUGGCGAGCAGCAAAGGCCAAGGGCGAGCGCAUGGCCCAGACGGUCAAGGAGCACGAGGAGGAGACGGCGAAGCACCUGCGACUAUUGGAGGAAGAGACGGCCAGGCACCAGGAGCAGCUGCGCCAGCUCGAGCAGCCCCUCAGCGAGGUGCCUCCACUUGCACUGAGGCAGCAGGGACAGCCGCCGCGGCUGCGCCCACCGGCGCCGCAGCAGCUGCCCAACCAGAAGCAGGCGCAGCAGAACAUGACAAAGCAGAAGAACGCCGAGCUAGAGUGGAGGCCCACAUCCAGGAGGCGCGAGAGAAGGUCUCGCUGGCUAGGCGCGCCGAGACAGUCGUCGAUGCAGAAGGGCAAGGUGACCACUCAGCAGGGUAGCCGCCCCAAGGCGAGCACGAAGAAGGCUCGCCGCCCGCACCACAUCGACUUCUUCAACGUCACGACCUGGGGCCUCCAGGCACAGGGCUACCUCAUGGAGAUCAACGACACCAAGGACAGGGACAUCAUUGGCAUCGCGGAGCACCACCUCCGCCAGCCUGCGCAGAUAAGCAAGGACAGGAUCGCGGGUUUUGAUGAGCACUACCUGCACGAGGACGGCAGUGACGUCACGGUGGUGAUCUCCAACUUGCACAAGGUUCGUUUCGCAGUGGCUUUCGUCUACCUUGAGUGUGGGACGGGCUUUGGAGAGCGGAACGUCGACAUCCUCUGCGACCUGCGGGAGAAGAUGGCCGUCUGGGGAGGGCCCUGGGCAGCGCUUGGGGAUUUCAACAUGACGCCGUCGGAGCUCAACAACAGCAUUUGGCCCAGGGCGCUGAAUGCUCAGGCAGCAGCGGCGGAGGAUGGCGCCCCCACAUGUUUCCCAGCAGUAGGUGAUGCCAGGUGCAUCGACUUCGCGCUGAUCUCGCAGGGCCCGGCGCCGUAUUUCGACCAGCUGGAGCUGAUCAGGACCGCGCCGUGGAAGCCGCACAUCGGCAUCCGCUUGAAGCUGAAGGGGCGGCCUCUCAUGCUCAAGGGCAGGGUACUUCGCAGGCCAGCAGCCAUGAAGCCGCCAGUCACAGUCGAGAGAAUGCCGAAGUCCAGAGCCGCUUGCAGACGAGCGGCGCGCGGAGGCCAGGAGGCCAUGCGCCGACGUCAGCAAGCGUUGGCAGAGGCAGGAUGCGACCUGGACGAGAACGACAUGAAGCCAGUGCCGCAGGUGUACUACGACAAGGAGGUCCAGCACGUCAUCCCUGACGUGCUGUGGCAGGCCACCUCCGAGCGGGUCAGCGCGCGCGCCUACGACGAGUUUCCCCAGCACUUGCAGCACACAGUCGUCGGCAAGAUGAUGGAGCGGGACAUGCUGGACCUGGGGCAACAGUACGACCGCUUCGCAAGCACCCUCGAGCUCAGCCUGUGCGAGAGCAUCGGCAUCCCAGAGGAAGAGCGUGGACGACAUCUCGGGCACAGCCGGCCCCCGAGCUACGAGAGCGCGAGCAUCAAGGACACCGUCACCUCUACGCCAUGGGCAGGGGUCGAGAGGAAGAUCCACGCGUGGUGGGCGGAGAUCUCCUCCUUGGCGCGGCAGCUCUCGCACCAUGAUGCCCGAGCGCAGGAGGCAGCAGCAAGUCGACAGGGCAAGACCCAGGCACUUCCCGAUGAGGACUCAGGAGGUGGACAGGGCCCGUCGGCGCCUGAGCUUGGCCCCGUCAUGUCUGACAGCCUGGUAGGCCACGAAGACGGAGUUCCCGCACCAGCCAUGAGCCCAUCGAAGAGCUCGGGAGGAAGCUCGGUGGAUCGCGCCCCCACCGAGCGGGGCGAGGGCCCCCCCGAGCUGCAGCAGCGGCACGCAGGCAGUGGAGGCGCAGAUGGAGGCGGCGGCAGUAGCACCAAGGACAUCGCGAAUCAGCCAGCACUUGAGGACGCGUCCUGGACCUCCGAGACGGGCACAGCCUUCCAAGAGAUGAGGGCGAGGCGGCCUGGCCUAGAGAAAGAGGUAGGACGCAACACCAUGGACAUCCAAGAUCACGACCCCUUCGAGGACGAGGAGGACUACUUGGAGUACCGCCGGGAGAUUGCGGACCAGGAGAACAGCGACGGGUACCACCAGCACAUCGAGUGGCAGCAGGACAGCCUCGAGUUCGGCCAGGAGGACUGCGACGGGCACCACCAGCCCAUCGAGAGGCAGCAGGACAGCAUCGACUACGGCCAGACCGUUCGCCCAGAGGCAGAGGAGCCACGUGAUAUGGGCCUGCCCCCACCAGACCUCUGGAAUGAGGACCAGCACCAGCGGGAGCGGGAAGACUACGUGGCCAUGAGAGAUGACUUGGAGUACUGGGCGGCCAUCUGGAUGGACAACCUGGUGCAGCUCCCCACGGACAACAGCAACUGGAUGCAGAUCUGUGUGCCGUUCCUGGAGACCAUCUUGGGUGGCGGAGGCAACAAUGGCAUGGUGAGACUGCUCAGGCGCAGGUACCAGCAGGUCCGCACCCACAGCGGCCACCAGACGCAGCAGCAGAUCAACACAAGACGGCAGCUCGCACAGCAGCUCAACCAGCCUGACCCAGGCAGGCUGAACGAAGAAGGUGCAGCCAAGGACCAGCAGCAGGCCCUCCUCACAGACCUGCACGCGAUAGCAGAGGGCGCCCUCGUGGACCCAGGGACGAUCAGCAGGGUAGCAGAGGAGGUAAAGAGCAUGGCCAAGCUACUCACAAAGGCGGUGAAGAAGGCGUACAUCCACUGGGUGCACGACGCCACGGCAGGCAGUGCGAAGAUGGCCCACGCCUACACCAAGGCAGCGGAGCGCAGCCACCUGGAGGACAUCCUUGAGCACGAGGGCCAGGUCAUCAACCACCCGCAGCAGCUGGUGGACUUGCGCAAAGAGGCAUGGCAACGCAGGUGGACACGAGAUGCGCAGAAGGCCGAGAGGAUCCAAGAGGCGCUGGCCAAGCUGAGGCAGGCCAUGGGCGCCCAGGGGCUGGAAGACUUCGUGCAGUGCCUGACCAGCUGUGAGCAACGGGCAGCGUGGCCGUGGCAAUUCUACUUGGUGCUGGAGCUGCUGCUGGGCAAGAAGCCAGGAAUCGGCGGUGAGCGCCCCAUCGGCCUCAUGCCCAUGCCGUACCGCAUCUGGAGAGUCUUCUACGACGCGGCAAACUUCUACGACAACAUAGGCCUCGACCAGCUGAUCGAGAAGGCCAGCGCCCUCCAGUACCAGUUGCUGCCGCUGGCAAUGGCCGUGCAGAUGUACCUUGCGCCCAGGGCCAUCAUGGCCCACAGCCUCUUCUCGGACAUCUUCGAGCCUGCCAACAGCAUGGUAGCUGGCUGCGGCCAAGCGGUCGACCUCACCAGACCGCUCUUGUAUGGCAUCCUGGAUGCAGCGCACAGGCACCACAUCUUCGUCGUCAUGCAGCAGUACCUGGGCGACCUGGCCCUGCAGGUAGAGGGUGCGCGGCGGCAGGUCAUUGACCAGAUCAAGUACGUGGCAGCGCUGGUGCACGAUGGAUUCAAGCAGCUCUCGAUACCCAUCUCCGUUAAGAAGGCAGUGGUGGCCUCGGGCAAGGACUUCCAGGCUGAAGUCGCCAGCAUCCUGGACAGCCUGGGCACCCCCAACAAGCAACCAGGUGUAGUGCGCGACCUCGGCGUGGACACCAGCCUCGGCAAGCAGCUGCGGCGACCCACCCAUGCCGCGCGCCAGGCCAAGGCCAAGCAGAGGGUGGCCAAGCUCAAGGACCUAGCGAAGACGGACGCCAGAGGCGCGGCAAAGGUCUACUCAGCAGGGGCUUACUGCCAGCAGGCCUGGGACUUACCAGCGCACGGCAUCACGCCCACGGAGGCGAAGUCGGUCAGGGCUACGGAGGCAGCGCUCCUCACAGGCGGACACAAGGCUGGACGCUGCACGUCCACCAUCCUCCUGAUCCAGGGGGGAAUGCAAGAGGCAGUAACCCGAGCCAUCGGCGACCAGAUCAAGCAGUUCUGGCUCACCAUAGUCGACCACCCGACGGAGCUCAAGAGGUACCAGAGAGGCUGGCUCCUGCUCUACGCCAAGCUGGACGCCUUGGAACCCAACCGCAGAUGGCAGCAGGUCAAGGGGCCUAUGGCAGGGGUCAUCGCGCAGCUGCUUGGGUUAGGCUGGAUACCGCGACGCCUGGACAGCUGGACCAGCCCAGCAGGUGACGAGUGGGCCUACAAGCCAGAUGACAUUCUUCACUUCGGCGCGCUCCUGCAUGAAGUCCAGCAGAGCGCGCAGCAGCAGCUCUGGCAGCAAGCAGCUGGCCAUCGCGGUGGAGAAGGACUUCAGGCUGGAGGCGACCUCUAUCAGCUGCAGCGCCACCUGAGGAGGAGGAGGCGCAAAGGACAGCAUGCAGAGGCAGCCAUGCUGGAGACCAUAGCGGCGGCGGGCACCUGGACCAGGGAGCGUCGCAGGGCGGCCAACCUCAACCAAGAAGGCGACGACACCUGCGCGAGAUGCGGCGAGGCGAUAGAGACAGAGGAACACCGCUACUACGCAUGCCCCGCCAACGCAGAGAUAGGGCACAGCAAUGACACCGACCUGGCGAAGAAGGCGAAGGACGCGCUGGACCAGCGGCAAGACCUGCACUUCUGGCUCCGUGGCAUCCCGCCAGCGGCCUGGGCAGCCAAGGUCGACCCAGACGAGGACGCGGCGAAGGCGGCGCAGAUCUUCUGCACCAGCGAAGAGGCUCAGGCGGCAGCCCAGUCAGGGCACAAGGUCCGUGCAGACUAUGUUUUCACGGACGGCUCAGGUGGUGCAGGGGCAACGGCCCAGGACCCCCGCCUCAGACGCUGCGGCUGGGCAGUGGUGGCUUUCAGGUUCGACGAGCAAGGACGCCCGCAGGAAGUGGCCGCCUGGUACGUCACGAUCAGGGCGCCGCACACGGUGCCACGGGCAGAGCUCACCGCCAUGAGCAAAGCCAUCGGGUACACCACGGCGGCGACAGCCAGGGGGCUCAACAUAGUCAGCGAUUGCAAGUACGCCCUGGACGCACUCAAGCAGAUCCAGGAUCCUGAGGACCUGGACUACAGGAGCACGAACUACGACCUCUGGCUCCAGACGAAGCACCAGCUGCAGAACAGCACGGACACCAUCAUGGGCCACCACAUCCCAAGCCACCUGAUCGAGCACCCAGCCGAGCUGGAGAGGUGGAAUGGUCCCACCUGGCGGGUCAUAGGAAACGAGAUGGCAGACAAGUGCGCAGGCUGGGGAGCGGAGCAUGGAGCACUGGAUCCAGCCAUCAUCGCGCAGCAGCAGAUCAGGGACCAGAUCACCACGGCGGUGCAAAACCGGCUGCUAGCCAUCAACAUGGCGGUGACGGUGGAGGACCCCAACAAGGCCCCUCAGCGUCCCAAGGCCAAGCGCCGAAAGCCGCAGACGGCGAGGGACAGGGCAGCCCAGCUGGGACACGACUUGCGCAAGCUACAUCCGCGAUGGUGGUGUGCAACGUGUCGCAGUGGCCCAGCCACAGGACAAAGCAUCAGAGACUGGCUGGCAGAGACGGGAGAAUGCCUCGGGAAGUACGGCGGCCACCAGGACCAGCACGGCAACGUCAGGCUCGACUUCAAGGCGCUGCAGAUCGGCACGCAGGUGGUGUACGUCUCCCACAAGACGCAGUUCUCCCAUGGCUGGCUCUGGUGCGAGAAAUGUGGCGGCACCAGCUACCUUGGAGACCACAAGAGCAGGAUCGUGGCAGGAGUGGCAAGGAAGCUGGCCAGGCCAUGUCAGCCCCCAACAGCAGCAGGGCGGCGGGUCUUGGCGGACAUGCAGAGGGGCAAGCUGCCAAGAGGAGCUAAGCCAGCAGCAGACCCAGCUGAUGAGGGUCUCAACGAGAUCACCUUGCCUGGUGAUUUCAAGCUCGGCCUGAGUAACCACGAGGCGAUCGACCUGGACGGGGGCAGCUCAGAGGCAGGGGACCCGCAGCCAGCUCCACAGCAGCCACCCAACCAUCCGCACUCUGUCGUCCAAGCCAGCUGGAGGCUCGUGGACCACAUGGAGGGCUACGCGGAGCAGUGGAUGAACAUGGUCGACCAAGAGGUCUGGGACGACAUGGACGACUGGAUGGAGCAUUGCGUACCGCACCUCUUGGCCAUCACCAAUGUGGGUGGCAGAACGGACACGCAAGAGCAGACCAGGGCCGUCACCGCGCAGGAGCUUCAGCAGAUCAAGGACUUCUGCGAAGAAGUCUGGCGCAACACGCACCGCACGCGACGGAGGCUCAUGACCAGGAUGCUUACCCUCCCGCACGGUACAAGGCAGCAGGCAGCAAGAGUGCACAUGGACGCCUUCCAGAACAGAAGGAACAACAUCCUAGCGCACAGCAUCCCCAGCAGCGAGCGCAGGCCGCUGCCGAGAACAGCAGAGGCCAGCCGAGAGUGGUCACCAGAGAACCUGGACGAUGAUGACUCGACCCCAGACAGUGAAGCCCCAGAGCUGGAGGGCGAGCCGAGUAACCAGGAGAUGGAGACCACGGCAGGACCUGAUCAGAGGCACGACGCCAACAGCCUGAUGCAGACGGCCGUGCAGGUGGCAGUGACGCUGACCAAGCCAGUGGGGCCCAACCUGAUGAAGUUCGCGAGCGAAGCCGAUGAGGCCGGCCUGCUCCACCCAAGGCUUCGAGACAACAAAGGAGAAGCUGACCAGGACCCCGAGCAGGAGGUGGCGUGGCUCGAGAGAAACAGGCUUGAGCAGCGCAUGCAGUCGCUGGCAGGCUGCUGGAUCCAGAAAGAGGGCGAGCAGGGCUGGCCAUCGUGGCAGGCCGCGUGCGUGCCCCAUGUGCUGAGGGCGCUGCAGACUGGCGUCUACCAGAGGCUGUUCAGCAACGUGUCAGGGCCGAGCCGCCAGCGCAGCCAGCGCCGAGCGGCGGAGGAGAUCUGCCGCCUGGCAUGGCUCAACAGCGGAGAGGCGCGCAGGCAGAUCCAGCAGCAGGACCCGAAGGAGGCAGAGCGGCGCAGAGCAAUGGCUGAGCAUUUCCUGGGCGUGACGGAGCCAGCGGUGAGGAGCCGCAGCCCGC